AGUCUGAACUUAAAAAGAUCAAACAGUAAUAUGAAUGAAUGAGAGAGAAAGAUGGAGGCAAGAGAGAUGGAGGAAGCACUGAAGGUGUUGGACUCAUCUCUUUCUCAAAUCAAAUGGCGUCUCAAAUUUCCAGCCAAACGUCGCCUCCAAUUAGAUGUCUUAGCUUUGUGUACUGGAAUGAGACCAGUUGUGAUGAUAGACUAUGGUGGGAAGAUGCCUGAACUGCAACAGCGGCUUUGUGCACUUCUGAAACUAAUUCAAACGGAAUUACAUAUAUUUGAGAAUCUUAAGGUAAUGGUCAUAGAGGAUAUGAUAUAUCUGAUACAUGUGCAAGGACUCGCUGAACAUGUUCAUUCAACUUUAAAUUCCAAAUUAACACUUCUCCUUGUGGACAUUGAACAGGACCCUCCCAAGAUGUUAGUAGAUGCUGAGAAAAGUUCACUGGGUUUGCAACUUAAAUCAAUUCAAAAGUUGUUCUCAUCUUUGUUUUCUCAAGAUGAAACAGAAGGUGACCCAUUACCAUCUGUUGGGGAAACCUGCGUAACAGAUAUCAGAUCCUCUAUUCAUGGGAUUAGUUCUCAGUCUUCUGUCAUUGAUCUUAGUAACUUUUUGCAACAUACUGAAAUCACUCUGCCAACUCUAAAUGGAUGGCUUCUUGGAUAUCCAAUUGUAUACCUUUUUGACAAGGACCACAUAUCUGAGGCUACUUACAAUCUUUCUGCUAAGCCUCUUCACAUCUUCAGAUUAUCAGUUAACAGGAGAGGCGGCUCCACCAAAGAAUCUCAGCUAGAAGAGCUUCUAAGUUUCUCAGUGCCUUAUGAGCUUAGCAUGAGAGGAGAGAAGGAGGCAUGGGCAGAGGCAUUUUUGGAAAGUAUGCAACAAAAGUGGGAGAGAUGCAGUCAAGUGUGGGGUUCGUUGAGGAUGGACGUUACUGAAUGUCAUGCACAGGCCAUUGUCUUGUAAAUUGUGAUCCUGCCAAUCAAGAAAAAGAAAUGAAAGAAUUGUAAUCUGCACAUAAACACUUGAAUGAAACGGCAUCCUGUCUAGACGCCCGUCUACUCCUAACUUCGUUUUUCAUUUUCAGUAUAUCCUCUCUCAAUAUUGCGGUACGAGCACUAUGCGUGUGGGUGGAAAUUUAGCAUUCAAAAUUUCCGAUAUGUCUAUUCAUAUUGCGGGAACUUAGAAGUGCCUAAUAGUUUGAUAGUUGACGUAAUUGUGAGCAAAUAUUGAUUUCACAUCGAUCAAGUUCUUAGCAAAAUGGAGGUUUGAGCAGCUAGGGAACGUUGAGUGGCGGUAUACUUCGAAGCUUGAACAUGUGAGAUUGCUCAUUUGUUCAUGGCAGAAUGGUUUUUAAAAAAUGCCCGACUGUGUAUAAGUUAGAGUGGAGUGAGACAAUGGAUCAAUAAAGACUAGAGUUAGUAUUUUGUGUUUUCAAACAUGCAUUUUUGUAUCAAAUUAUAAAGAUAUCAUUGUAGUGACCAACUAAAUAUUAUGCUGAAAUUCAAAUUAAGUAAUAAUUAUUAAUAAGUAAUUUUUGUUUUAUUGUAAA